AUGUCUGCUGCCAGCAGUCUGCUAUCUGAAGAGCAGUUCCUGUGCUCCAUCUGUCUGCAUGUGUUCACUGAUCCAGUCAGCACACCAUGUGGACACAACUUCUGCAAAACCUGCAUCACACAGCACUGGGAUGUUAACACUCCUUGUCAGUGUCCUGUGUGUAAAGAGGUGUUUAAACAAAGACCUGAGCUGCGGGUCAACACUUUAGUAUCUGAGAUGGCUGCUCCGUUCAGGAAGUUGCCUGAUUUGAGGAAGACAAGGGCUGAAAUUAAGCAGAUGAUCGAGAAGAGACAAGUGAAGAUUCAGGAGAUCAAGCGGUCAGUGGAGCUCAGCAGGAAAGAUGCAGAGAGAGAGAUAGCAGACGGUGUGCGGGUCUUCACUUCUCUGAUGCAGUCUGUUGAGAGAGGCCAGGCUGAGCUCAUUGACAUGAUUGAAGAGAAGCAGAAAACAACAGAGAAACAGGCUGAAGGCUUCAUCAAAGAGCUGCAGCAGGAAAUCUCUGAGCUGAUGAGGAGAAGCUCUGAGGUGGAGCAGCUCUCACACACUGAAGACCACCUCCACCUCCUCCAAAGCUUCCCAUCCCUCAGUGCUCCUCUACACACCAAGAACUGGACAGAGGUCAGAGUCCAUUGCUCAUCACAUGAGGGGAGUGUGAGGAAAGCUGUGGCUCAGCUGGAGGAGACGCUCAGUAAAGAGAUGAAGAAGCUGCUUCAGGCUGAGCUGAAGAGGGUCCAGCACUUUGAGGUGGAUGUGACUCUGGAUCCUGAUACAGCACAUCCCAAGCUCAUCCUGUCUGAUGAUGGGAAACAAGUAAAGCAUGGUGAUGUAAAGAAUUAUCUCCCGAAAAACCCAGAGAGAUUUUCUACUUGUGUGUCUGUCUUAGGAAAGCAGAGCUUCUCUUCAGGAAGAUUUUACUUUGAGGUUCAGGUUAAAGGAAAGACUAAGUGGACUUUAGGAGUGGCCAGAGCCUCGAUCAACAGGAAAAGACAAAUCACUCUGAACCCCCAAAAUGGCUAUUGGACUGUAUUGUUUAGGAAUGAAAAUGAAUACACAGCUUCUGUUGACCCUCCUGUCCAUCUCCCUUUGAAGUCUCAGCCUCAGAAGGUGGGGGUGUUUGUGGAUUAUGAGGAAGGUCUGGUCUCCUUUUAUGACGUAGAUGCUGCAGCUCUUAUCUACUCCUAUCCUCGCUGCCGCUUCACUGAGAAACUCUACCCAUACUUAAGUCCUUGUGUUUAUGAUCGUGGUAAAAACUCGGCCCCUCUGAUCAUCACUCGUGUCAGUCACUAAAAAUAGUCUCAUCAGACAUUCCCACAAAGAUUCUCUGUUAAGGAACAGAUUUUUUUCUUUUACAUAUUCAAUGAAUUUACAAAGUAAUUUUCCGAUGCAGUAUAUUUACUGUUUUAUGAGAUGUUAUGUAAUGUAAUCAGUUUUUUUUUAGAAGGGUCAGACUUUUCCACAUCUAAAUGCUUUACCAGCCUUUAAAACAAUUUUUUAAAAAAUGAACCACAUGGUUAAAAAAGUAAUUUGCUAUUGUCAGCCAUUGCUGCCCUGAGCUGCAGAGCUCCAACAUGGCCUCUAGAGGGCAGCAUACAUCACCUGAUGAUUGCUAUGAGCUCGUUUAGAUGUGUGGAGGACCCCUGGGAGGUGGUGGUAGUAGCAGGCCUUCUUCAGCGGUGGUGUGGAGCACCGUGGUGGCAGAAACCAGGCCAAACGUCACUCUGGAUAG